ACUAGAGUGUCGAUUCAUCACUUAUUUUUUGGAGAAGAAAUGAACAGUGGCGAUUGCCCUAUUUGCCUUUAUUCUAUUGGAAACGAGAAUGGUCAGGUCGAACCCUGUUUUCACGUGUUUUGUUUAAAAUGCAUCCAGAAAUGGAUGGAGGUAAGUAGAUCGAACGAAGUAUUAAAAGGAACAGAAGGAUCGAUCAUCUUGUCUUCCAUUGCAUGCGACACUGUUCUUAUAAAUUAGGUCAACGGAGGAAAAAAACAACGAAAUUUUAAAUUAGGUGUGAUUGAAUAGGUUAAGUGUGUUGUGUGUGUGGGAGAUUUACUGGUUUUGUUAUUGUCUAAGAUCAGGAGCCUGCUUAGAUAAGGCCAGUUGUAAUUUAAUUGAUUAGGUCGAGCAGAGCAUACUCCAAGAGAGCUUUACACUGUAAGCUACUGUAGCUUAGCAUUUUUUCAUUAACUUCGCGUAGAUCUCUCCAAACUAAUCAUUUUUAAUUAGUAAACGGCAGUAGCUAUGUUGAAAAUACAAUUACAUCAGACUGGAAUUGAUUAAAAACAAGUAAAACUGUAAGUUUAUUACAAGCUGAGAAUUGUCACGUGAUGUGGUAGCCAUUUUGUGCAAUCAUGGAAUCAUUCAUCGCCGGUUGUGUAGAAGGUUAAGUGGGGGAUAACCUGCAUUUGAUAUGCCAUACUUUGCCGGAUGAAAGUUGCAUGGAGCGUAGGGCUCUGCACAUUCAUGGCUGAGGACGUUAAAUACCUUUGUAGUAGAGGUGGACGUGGAACGAUCUCAGCUGAAUGUUGCAAGCAUGCAGCUUAGUUACAGUCAUGCAGUCAUGUUUAAAGCGGACAGAAGUGAUCGUGACCGUGACUGCCUCGUACGUAACCUGCUAUUGUGUGGAACUGUUUUAUAGACUUCAGUAAACUGCCCAGUCUGCAGAGGAACAGUAACAAGUAUCAAUGGGUCGCAAUUGGAAACCAGUGGAAUGGCGGGUCUCGCGAGAGAUGCGGUAAGUCCAAUGUACAUGUACAAUGAAAGUUACAUUGAGCAGACUAACCCAUAACAUGGUAUGCAUGUAAAACGUAUUAACCAUUCAAUUGUUGGCUCGUUCAUGAAGGAUCUAGUGCAGCAAGAGGUUUCUUUUACAGGUCACAUUCCACAGGUCAUGAUUACAGGUCACUGUAUGUUUUAUUGAGGACAUUGAUACCUGUAUCAAUAAAUAUAAAUCUCCACUAGACCACUCCCCAUGGUCUGGCGAGCUUUAACUAGACAUUGGUAAAAUACACCUAAGAUGUAAAAUACUACAAGUCAGCUGAUACACUGUAGUUGCAUGUAAAGUAACCAAUCAAAGAGCGACAGGUUUGUGUAAUUUUAGUUCUUUAUUACAUCCAUUUUCAAAUCACUGGUGAUCCCCGCAAUCUGAUUUGUUCUCAGCAGUGUGAUUUACUUACAAAAAUCACACUAAAUUUUGCUCUAAAUUACAUCUGUUCUAAAUCGCAUCAUUCAUGUUCUAAAUUGCGUCAUUUCUGUUUUAAAUCUCACUGAAUUCUGCGAUUUCUAAAUGGCUAUAAUAAAGUGGUAAUUGAACUUCUGGUCUGAAAUCAUACAUGUAAUAGCGAACUAGCACUGUUCACUCAACCAAUUAUAAAUCAUACGUAUGAUUUCAGACUGUUAUAAAUAGCCUGGCCAGUACAGGCAAUAAAAAACGCAUCCUGUGCCCAAUAGACCAUUUGCAUUAAGAGGUCAUGUGACAUUGUUUUUAUGAAAACGAAAGUUAUAUGAUUUUGCCUUCGAAAAACGAUUAGUGGGUCGUAUCUUAAACAAAAUAAUGGUGAUUUGGUUUUUCAUAGCCCGUGAAAGCAUCCGUUUCUCCUCGCUCUUCGAGGAGAAACGGAUGUUUUCGCAGGCUAGAUUUUUCAAACCCGCACCAUUUUCUUAAAAUGAGUGAGUUCGUACACUGUAGCUGGUCACGUGACCAAAAUAUGAUUUUUGAAAUUAUGAAUUACCUCUUUCUGAACACAAAUUUUGCACUCAAACUUCAAGGAAAAUUUUGAAAAGAUGAUGUGAUAAUGUGUUCAGCUGACCACACUGUUUGUCUCUGAAAUCAAAAUGGCUGCCCAGAUAGCGCAAUCAAAGGUUUCGGAUGUCUUGCAAGGCCUUAUUUAGUGGUAAAUCACCUUAAAUUACAUUACCAUUGGGAAAAUGUUUGAUUAAAGUUAAAAUUCAUCGUUUACUUUACUUUUGCGAAAUCACACCAUUGCAUAAUAUGGGAGGCCCUGUUUUAAUGUUUAAAAAUAUUAUCCCCUGCUUGUUCUUGAUGUGUGUGGUGGGAGUUUCAAUUCCUAUUAAAUUUCCAAUCUUUUUAUUGUAGAUUGGUCAAGAUCAAGUGGUUGCCACCCAAACUGACAGAUGUGAGGUACGUGCACUGUACUGAAUAAAUAUUAUAACUUCAAGUCCUCUCUCUUAGCAUUUAGUAUUUUCUAGCAUUGCCAUUAAAAAUUAGAAAAAAGGAUUUAUUUUUCGUGUAUGUAAAUGGACAAAAUGGUGUUUGCAGUGAAACCCUGUAAAUACGGACACUGAAGGGGCCAUUAUAGACAGUGUCCAUAGUAACGGGGUGUCCGUAUUAAGCAGGUCAUGUUAUCAAAAUCAAAAAACACCUUUUAUUUGAACAAAAACCUAAAGUAAUAAAACAGGACAUAAGCUUCGUCAAUCAUCUCUGACCUCCACAAAGUCGUUAUUCUAUCUGCGGCUUAAGUCACAGAAACAAUCAAAAAUCACUCAUCUAUGUAAUACUCAAUCAAAACUGUCCUAUGUACAGUUUUGCUGUAUAUUCAAUAGUUUGAGGCCAAAAUUAGUCAGCAAUUGAAGUCUACAAAAUAAUCAUCUUAUCUGGCGCACUGUAGGGCAGGGAACAUCGACAUGCUGUCAACUAAGGGACCAGCUUUAAGUGUCCUUCUGGAUUUUUUAAAGAUUAUCCCGUGUGGAACUGCUACCUUUCCCCGCAAUCUUUUCUCUGCUUGUCCACCAUAUUGGUUAACAGAGCCUGUAUGGCAGGUGGAUGAAGGGGAGGGGGAAGGCAAAAAUUAAGAAAAAAAAUCUCCAGUCCUUUUCACUUUUCCCCUUUCUCCCCAACCCUUUUUAAUGCCUGUAGGCUUUAAAUUUAUGCCAGGCUAAUGCGGACUGUUAUCAAUCAAAUUGAAGGGGAAAUGAAAAUCCUUCAGUAAUUGUUUCAAGCAUUCCUUUCCUCUGGCUCUUGCAUCUUUGUUGCAGACUUGGGUGUUCUGACAGUCCUGAUUGUUUUUUUCUCUAUGGAAAGCUUGCUUGCAGGUUACUGUACUAUGCAGAGGUUUCACUCGAUCAUCAGUUGUGAAAGGCCUAAACAAGCUGGGGAACAUGAAAAUGUUAUUGAGUGUAUAACUGUACACUUCUAGGUUGCCGGGUUGUAGAAAGUGAGAUUGUCAUCACACAUUUGUAUGCAUUACAAAUAAUAUAAGUUACACAACUGAGUUCAUAAUUUUGUUAUCAUAAUGUGAUGUAUUUAAGGUAAUGACAGUAACAAAUUUCUCUUGAUAUUUUCAGGAGUGCGAUGAACCUCUUGAAAUUCUUGGGAUGCUACUGUGCUCUCACUGUGGUAAUAGGUGAGUUUUGAUAACAUAAAAAGUACAGUGGACUCUCGAUUGAACAAAGCGCCAAGGGACUGGGGAAAUUUAUUGUUCGUUAUAUCAAGGGUUCACUCAAUCGAACACCGUCAUUAAACAAAUAUUCGGAAAAACUACCAAAAUGGAAUUACUGCGCUACAGUAUUGAGUUUUAGCGCUCAUUUUUUAGACAUCAUUUCGCAAAGAAACCAGAGUUGGCAUAACAAAAUUAUAGUUGGUUGUUUUCUCAGGCUGAAAAUUAAGUAAGCCAUAUUAAGCCUUGAAAAAGCAUUCUGCAGCAUGACUGUAAAUUAAAGAUCAUCAAUGAAAACAAUAAAUCUGUUUUGAAACAUCAGUUAACAGUAAAAUUACUGAGAGCUUGCUCAGCAGGGCAGCUGUUAGUUUGUAAUAAGUUAUCUCCGUAUCUUGUUUGGAACUCCUGGGAAAAGACCUGUAGAAGCUGCUUCACAACCCCUCAGAAAUUCUGUUGCCUUCCUUGGGGGGAAUGGAUAUUUUCUGGAACAACACAUUGCAUGUUUGGGGAUGUUUUGUUGUGUCUAAUAAGCUAGUUUGCAAAAAUACUCUGCUUUUAAUGAGGUUGCCGGUUGUACAGCGAGUUACAAAAUAAGAAUCAUUAUCAUUAAUGAUGGCGCUCUCCAUUAUUGUUACUUCUGCACCCCUCCAGCCUAUAUACCAUGGUAUUUCCUUACGUGUAUGUUCUUCUUUUCGACCAUUUUGUUUUCUUAUUUCUCCAUUUUUUAUGUUCAGACUAUAUAAUUGUGAAGAGUGUACAAAACAUAUUUUAUCCAAAGAUGAAGACUUCUGGUUUUGUCCACGGUGUGAGCAGUGGACACCAUGUCCUACACCUGCAAUAGGGAACAGCACCUUUCAAAUUGAAGAGCCUGAAUAUGCUCUUUACGAGUUUCAAAAUCAAGGGAAUACUACCUCAAGGGACAAUCCAUCUACAUCAUUUAACAGGUAAGUAACCAUCAGCCCAAGUAGAUUAUCAUUCUUACUACUGACUCCCAGAAAGUUGUCGCUAGUUAAACUUAAAGCCAGCUAUGUAACUGAGCAACUGAGCUCACUACUAGGUAACCCCAACUAUUCAUAACUAAAGUGACUUUAAUAUUAUUUUACUAGCACUAGCUUACAUGUAUAGACCUAUGUACAUGUAGACUCGUGAUAAUGCAUGAUGUAUGUAGAAGUAUGGUGUCUGGUACCAAGUAAUCAUACGACAUAUACCAGUCUACAUUCGAGCUAUAAUGUAAGACUGCUUAUGCCCCCUAACUAUGUUUGUAAUUUUGAAGUAGAUGAUCCACAAUAGACUCAUGUUCCCCAAUUAAAAAAGAUCAUCUCAGUUGAAGACACAGCUUAUGUAGUUGUGAAAAGUUGUGAAAAAUUUCAGGCUUGCCUAAGUUCGAACCUGAGCUUUGUGGUUCCAGAUCAGCACUAUUGUCAGUUGAGCUCGCAAACCAUGUGGGAGCUGGUGAAUCAUUAAAUUGGUUUUUAAGAUACCAGGAAAGGUGAAGAUGACACGAUGAAUGUGAGAAUUGCAUAAUAAUUUCUGAUUCCCUACAGUAUCUUUUUGAGGGAGCCUUGACUUUGUCAACAAACCCACUGCUUAUUUUUCUGCCUUUGCUUGCUUAUUCUGUGGCUAAAUUUAAUUUAGGCAAAGUUACACUGUAAACUUGAGCCAAUUCAGGUCUGCUGUUUUCACGACUGCAAUUACCGUAUUUAUUCGAAUAAGCGCCCAACCUGGAAUUAGCGCCCACCUCGAAUAAGCGCCCAUCCUAAAGGCAGAACAAAUUAAUAAGCACCCAGCCUUGAAUAAGCGCCCACCCCCCCCUCCCCAAUCAAAAAAUCGCUCACCCCCACCCUACCCCUUGUUGAAUAAAUUCUAAUAAGAGACUUCCCCAAGGACAGAGUUCUUUCAGAUUAACAAACCCACUUCUUAUUUUUUAUUGCCAUUUAUUGUUUUGUUGGAAAAUAAACAUACUUAUUCUGAAAAUGGUGAAAAUUUAAUAAGCGCCCAGCCUCGAAAAGUUACACUGUGACCUUGAGGCAAAAAAUUCAGGUUGCUGUUUUAAUUGAAUAAAUACGGUAUUGCAUUGGCUGGACCAUUAUAACCUUAGUAGGAGCACGUGGCUUAUUUACAUGUACGCAGUUGCUUCUUGAAGUUCUUCCCAAAGUGUCUUUUGCCAUUGCAUUGUUGCUUGCUUGCCGUUUUAGUGCUCUGUUUCUUCCAAACCUCCCUCACUCUUUAAGACAGGGCAAGAUAAUACCAUUGGUCAGUAAGCACAGCAUAUUUUACCGGGUGUUUCAGUGUGAAAAUGCCUGGUGGGGCUGCCCACAGGGUUGCCAUGGAUACCUCCUUCCUCGUGCUUGAUCAUUGCCUGGCUUAACCAACCUUGAGUUUAAUUUCCAUCAGUAGAAGUCUGAGUGAUGGUUAGGGAAGCAAUGCAAUAGCAGGUUGAGAAUGUUGAUUGGUUGUGAGAACUCGUGCAUGUAUGUCAGUCAGACUGUAUCAUGUUUUUGUCCCCUCUCUGAUUUCUCCAUUUCUCUGAUUCCUUAAGCCCAAAUUUCCAAUGAGCGCUUCAUGUUCAGCAGCAAGCAUUGCGAUCAUAGACUGCAAAACAGUCCGUAUUUUUGCGUAUUCAAGUACGCGCGAGCAGUCGAACAAAAGGUCUGGAAUGAGGCUGAAAACAGAGAGCGAGCCCGACUGUUUUGCAGUCAUUGUGAUCACAGCUUAGUGAACUAUUAUCUCUCACAGAUUUUUUACUGUUAUGAAAAGUAUCUUGACUUGUAAUUCUGUGGUUUUUAGCUCAAAUGCGACCAUAACAUAUCACCGA